UCAAGCUCCGGGACUUUCCCCUCCCCACUACCGCCGAACUUCCGUUCCUCGGGCAAAAACCAGUGCUCGAAGAUGAUCACAAUCUCUGCUCCAAAGCUCGUCCCGAUUGAUUUGAACUCCCCGAAGCUUCCCGUUCCCUCCUCCCCGCCCUACCGUGCUUCUUGUUCCUCCAAAUUCCUUCCUUGUCCUCACCUUCCUGCGUCCGUGUUCCGAGGAAGAGACCUCAGACUCGCGGUGAGUUGCUCGAAGUCGCCGUCGGAAGCGGAGCUGGCGGCGGAGGAAGACGAGUGGCUAAAGAGGCUGCCGGAGAAGACGAAGCCACUCUACGCCCACAGCCUGCCCUGCGUCGAAGCUUGGCUGAGGAAGUUGGGUUUUUGUCAAAGUAUAGAGGACCGAGCCGUCUGGUUCAUUGAAUUGCCCGAGUGGCACGCUCAGCUUUCUCUUGAUGUCACCGACCUUUACAUUAGGUACCUAAAAACUGGACCGGGGAACCUUGAGAAGGAUGUCGAGAGAAGAUUCAGUUAUGCAUUGAGUAGAGAGGACAUAGAGAAUGCUAUACUUGGAGGACCAUAAACAGUUGUCGUGUUCAUAUCGCGGCUUCUAUCCUGAAGCAUUUAAUCAUCUGUUUGUUCUAACUAGGAGAUUCUUAUUCACCUUUCCCGUAUUGGAACCAAAUGAAACCUGUGUAUUCUUAAAUUCAACAGGCAGAGCCCCCUUUCCCGCUGGGUAGUGUUCUUGAAAAUAUUCUGUGGCAGAGUCUAGUGUCAAACCGAAAGUUGGAUAGUAUUUUGUAAUAGAGAUGUAUGAACAAAGAUAUGGAAGAUGCAAGAAGUUUGGUUUUUGGAUAAUUCAA